CGCCAUCAUGCCACAGGCUGUGAAGAGAGCUGGCAAGCCCGCCGGAGGCAAGGGCAAGAAAAAGAAGACCAGUCUCAAGUACAACAUUGAUUGCACAGUGCCUGUUGAGGAUGGCAUUAUGGAUGUUGCAAGCUUUGAGAAGUUUUUACAUGAGAGGAUCAAGGUUGGAGGAAAGACCAACAACUUUGGAACCAAUGUGAACUUGGACCGAGACAAGAAUAAGAUCAUCCUCAAUGCCGAUAUUGCUUUCUCUAAAAGGUACUUGAAAUACCUGACCAAGAAGUAUCUGAAGAAGAAUAACCUUCGUGAUUGGUUGAGAGUAGUGGCCAAUAACAAGGAGAGUUAUGAGCUGCGAUACUUCCAGAUCAACAACGAGGAUGAGGAGGAAGAUGACGGUGACGAGUAAUGAUAAAUGUUACAUUAAAGUCGCUCAACAGUC